GAGAGCUUGUGAUAUGGGUGAAGGGAAUGGCCAAGGAAAGGAGAGCUUGUGAUUUGGGUGAAGGGAAUGGCCGAGGAAGGGAGAGCUUGUGAUAUGGGUGAAGGGAAUGGCCGAGGAAGGGAGAGCUUGUGAUAUGGGUGAAGGGAAUGGCCGAGGAAGGGAGAGCUUGUAUAAGAAAAUCAAGCAUAUCUAACCUCAUUUUCUAUUGCUUGUAUAAACUUAGUAAGCCUCAAAGGAACAAAUUAAAAAAAAAAUUAAAAAAAUCACUUAUUUUCAUUUCGACAAAGAACGAGAGAGGAGAAAAUCGUGGAGCCCUUUUUUUUUCUUGUUUUCCUUUCCCUCCUUCCUCUCGUGUCCUCCUCCUCUGUACACUAUCUCCAUGGGUCUUCCAGCUGGUCUCCUCCCUUCUAGAAAACCAAUGAAAACCCGGAAGCAGUGUGGAGACGGACGUCCGAUCAACAUAUAUAUAAAUAACGUACAUAAGGAAAAAAAAAAAAAAAAUCACUCUAGUUGCUGAGGUCCGUCGCAAGGCAGCCGCUGGACACUUGUGGAAUUGGUAACCAUAAAUCAACCAUGGUGGAGGCGGCUGAUGGCUGGUUGGGGGCGCUACGUGUUUUCCUUACGCCGGUCAGACCCUCAGAGAACCACAAUUAGCGUGUUUUCAUGGCCCAUAACCUCAUCCGGCGGUCGAAAUGGAUGUGUGGGAUUAUUCCGUAAGAUGACCUCGAGAUGAUUUGGCUGAUAUCGAUAAGACUGAGAUGUUUGUGUUGGUUAACCCGUCCGCUGCGAUUGUCAGGGAUUUUGCCUUCACUGGUAGCCUGGUAACAUACACUCCCAGGUCUUUGUCUGCCUCUGUGGUGGAUAGUGGAGUGUUUCCCAUGUGGUAUUGGUGUGCUGGAUAUCCCUUCACUGGUAGCCUGGUAACAUACACUCCCAGGUCUUUGUCUGCCUCUGUGGUGGAUAGUGGAGUGUUUCCCAUGUGGUAUUGGUGUGCUGGAUAUCCCUUCACUGGUAGCCUGGUAACAUACACUCCCAGGUCUUUGUCUGCCUCUGUGGUGGAUAGUGGAGUGUUUCCCAUGUGGUAUUGGUGUGCUGGAUAUCCCUUCACUGGUAGCCUGGUAACAUACACCCCCAGGUCUUUCUCUGCCUCUGUGGUGGAUAGUGGAGUGUUUCCCAUGUGGUAUUGGUGUGCUGGAUAUCCCUUCACUGGUAGCCUGGUAACAUACACUCCCAGGUCUUUCUCUGCCUCUGUGGUGGAUAGUGGAGUGUUUCCCAUGUGGUAUUGGUGUGCUGGAUAUCCCUUCACUGGUAGCCUGGUAACAUACACUCCCAGGUCUUUCUCUGCCUCUGUGGUGGAUAGUGGAGUGUUUCCCAUGUGGUAUUGGUGUGCUGGAUAUCCCCUCCCAAGGUGCAGGACUUUACAUUUUUCUCCAGUGAAUUGUAGCAGCCACUUUUUGUUCCAUUCCUGUAGCUUGGUGAGGUCUUCUGGUAGGAAAUCUAGUCAAGGGGUUAAACUCUGGCUGACAGUCGAAUAUGUAAUUUUUUCUCGACCUGAUUUUUUCAUAGUUAGUGAUAUGAAAGUGAAAAUUCAGACUCAUCAACUUACCAUUUUUAUUUUUUUUACACAGACUUCAUUUUGCCGCAUUUACCGACAUGGGAGUGAAAAUUCAGACACCAAUUUGUACGUGUUUACCAACAUGAAGAUGAAAAUUCAAACUCGCCGCUCACUCCUUGAUCUCGUAACGCACGGAUCAUAUCAAGUCCGAGACGCUACGACCUUGACAGACGUAUUGGUAAUCAUCUGUGAGCGUGUGUGUUUUUGUGUCGCCGGUAAGGGGGAAAAAACUUACUUGCUCGAGGGUACGUGGAUUAUCACAGACCCUUACGACAUAUACAAUUAUGGGUUAAAUAGAUAGAGAGAUAGAUACAUUUUGCCGUCCACGCUCAUCCCAAUUCUUUAUUUAUUUAUCCUUUUUACGUAUUUAUUUUUAUUUAUUAUUUUUUUUCGUGCACAGCCGAUACGCUCAUGAGAUAGAUAGAUAGAUGGAUAGAUAGAUCGUUUCCUUUCGUACUGUAUUCAUUCAUCAUAUUUAUUUAUUCACUACAAUAUAAGUAUGAGGAAAAAAUGAGUAUGUGUUAGGGUGAGCAGAGGAGAGUUAGUGUGAGUGCUGGAAGGAGUAGUGUGUAGGAGGGUAUCAGUGUGAGUGCUUGUGUGUGUGAGAGAGUAUUAGUAUGUGUGUGUGUGUGUGUGUGUGUGUG